AUGGAUGACGGAGGACAACGCAGCCAUCCAAGCACGAGCGAGCUAAGCCCGCAGGGAACGGCACUGCACCGCACCACCUCGCCAGGCAUUGCUGCGAUGAGCGCAGAUGGCGCGGGCGGAGCUGGUGUGAGCCCCGAGCUCGCCACGGCCGAGGCGGAACGUAUCGCCUCUCGGCUCUCUGGCAAAUCCUCUCUCCCACCGCCUCCCCACCACCCAGCCCUCAGCAUGGCGCGCACGAUCGGUAUCAUCACCGUCGCGACCGCAGCCAUGUCCCUCUCCGGCGCGGGUACAAUGAGUUUGAGUAUCGCCCUUCCCGUCAUCAUGAAGGACUUGGCGGUCCCGGAAUCGCAGUUGCAGUGGAUCUCGUCGGCGUUUGCAUUAACGAACGGGUGUUUCCUCCUCCUUGCCGGGCGACUGGCGGACGUCUACGGCCGCAAGAUGUUGUUCGUGGUCGGCAUCACUUGGAACGCACUGUGGAACCUCGUGGGCGGUUGGAUGCAGACCACCGCUGGACUGGUGGUAACGCGCGCGCUCGCUGGUAUCGGGAGCGCUGCCUGCAUCCCGGCCGGUAUUGGGAUUAUCGCGGCUACGUUUAGUGGGCGCACGAGGAGUAGUGCGUUCGCAGCGUUCUCGGCUGGCGGACCUAUUGGUGGCGGGCUGGGGUUGAUUGUCGGCGGCCUGUUGACAGCGUAUACGAACACGAGCUGGCGCGCCGCGCUGUGGUGUUUCGGUGGGGUUGCGUUCGCCGUUGCCAUUGCCGGGUACUUUGUCAUCAUCCCCGAUCGGAACUUGGACAAGGAUAAGCGCAUCGACUGGAUCGGGGCCGGGAUCAUCACGGUCGGCCUGGUGUUGCUCAUGUUCAGCAUCUCGCAUGCGGAGAGCACGGCCAGGGGAUGGAAGACGGGAUACAUUAUCGCUCUGCUUAUCAUCUCGGUAUUCAUGAUCGCGGCCUUCUUCGCAUGGGAGCACUACGUUGAGACGCAUACGACGAGGCCACCCCUCAUGAGUCUUGGAUUGUGGACGCGCUCACGCGGCAAGCUCGCAGCGACGUAUCUCGUCGGCGGGAUCUGCUGGAUGGGCUUUACGAGCAUGUUCUUCAACGCAACUCUCUUCUACCAGCGGGUCCAGAUGACGGGUAUCAUUGGCGCCAUGCUCCGCUUCGUUCCUUGCUGCGUCUCGGGGUUGCUGUGUAAUGUCAUCGUGGCUAAGAUCAUCCACCUGGUUCCCGGCCAGACGUUAAUCUGUAUCGGCAUCGCGGCGACGGGACUCGCCAACGUCUUCUUUGCAAUCGCACCACGGGAUGCCGUCUACUGGGGUCUUCCGUUCAAUGCCAUGUGGAUGGUGGUCGUCGGCGCCGACUUCCUCAUGGCUGUGGGAUCCGUCUUCGUCUCAACCCUCGCCCUGCCCGAGGAACAGAGUGUUGCGGGCGCCGUGUUCCAAACACUCGUACAGCUCGGUGGAGCGCUAGGCCUUGCGUUUGUUGGUGUGGUCCAGACCUCCAUUGUGCGCAAGGAACAAGCUAAGGGCGUGGACCCCGUCACGGCCCUCCUCCACGGCUUGCGAGGCGCGUUCUGGUUCGGCGCAGCGGCGGCGUUUACUGCUGGACUGAUUGCCCUCGUGGUGCUCCGCGGGAUGGGGACGUAUGGCGCGAAGGCGAAGAGCAAGAAGGCUGUGAGCGAGAGCGGGAGCGGAAGUGAGGAGAAGAGCGAGGAGGAGGUAGGCGAGGACGCGCCGGAGAAGAGCGAGGAGGAGGUAGGCGAGGACGCGCCGGAGAAGAGAGGCGCGGACAAGGUUUAG